CUCUAUGGGGUGGCCAAAGGGGUUGCCCAAAGAAUAGCACCGAAGCCCACCUUCCCUUGGUAUCUCUUCCUCUACAGACAGCGGGACGACCCCCCUUCCUUCCACCCCACGCUUCCCGAUGCCAGCCCCGGCACCCUCUCACCCCCCUCCUCCUGCUGCUCCUCCGGCUGCUUGGCGCGUCAUGGAGCCCCUGGUCAAGGACCAAGAGGACGGCCCCCCGGCGCCCUGCCCCACGGUCAUCGCCUCCAACCCCAGCUUCAUCUGCGUGACGGUCAAGUCCCCGCAGACCAGCACCCGCUUCCUGCUCCCGGAGGUCAGCACCAUCCAGCAGUUCAAGGAGGACAUUGCCAAGCGCUUCGGCUGCGAAGCUAGCCAACUGGUUCUCGUCUUCUUCGGCCGCAUCCUGAGGGACCAGGACACCCUCCGCAAGUGUGGGGUGAGCGACGGGAUGACCGUCCACCUGGUCAUCCGCAAGAGGGACCCCGAAGACACUGCCCGGGAGCAUUCGUACGAGCUCCGGGCCCCCGAAUGCACCCCGGAGCCUCCUUCGCCGUCCUUCAGCCCCAGCAGCCAAGAGGCGUGGUGCCAGACGGAAGAGAAAGCCCCCUCGGAGUGGCCACUGGUGCCCACGUCGGAGAUGAUCGUCCAGAAGGUCCGGCAGGUCAUCCUGGCCAACCCGGAGGUCCAGCGGCUGGCCCAGCAGGUGCCAGCCAUCAGGCACAUCCUCAACAACAUGGGCAUCAUGAGGGUCAUCCUCAACAAGAUGAGGGAGAUCGUGGACAUGGCCAAGGGCCACGAAGUAACACCGCCACCGCCGGACCCCAAGGGCCCUGACCAGGCUCUGGUCAGCCUCCCCAGAAACAUCCCUGGUGGAGACAACCCUUUAAGGCGGCUCAACAGCGAGAUCCAGGAGCCGGUUCCCAACGCGGCUUCAGAUCCCUUUGCCGUGUCCAGCUGCUACUCCACAAUGGUGCGUGACACCCGUCCGGAGCCCUUGGGCCUGAGAGGACAGCGGGCCCCCAUGGAGGAGCCCCACAGGCCCCUGGGCUUCUCCCAAAGCGCUACCAGUGUCUGCACCAACGUCAGCGACGAUGGGGCCAGCCUCUUCAACACCUUCUCCAGCCCCAUCGGGCACAGCCUUCCAACGCCUUCCCCCGUGGGACCCCCUCCUGGGUUUGGGCCCUUCAACCCGGAGGGCCUCCAUCCGCCGGACCCUGCGGAGAUCCCGCUGAUGAUCGUCCACCUCUGCAAUGCCUACACCAAGCGCAUGAUGUUCUCCCUGAUGCAGGAUGCUCUGCUGGCCUCGGAAGGGGCCCGCGGGGCCGACCCGGAGCGCGUCCGGCAGCAGGAGCUGCACUUCUCCCAGCAGAUGCAGAGCCCCGAGAUGGUGGCCGCCAUGUCCAACCCCAAGGCCAUCCAGGCGUGGGUCCAGAUGGAGCAGGGACUGCAGGCGCUCCUGGCCGAGGCCCCCGUCCUCAUCCCCUGGUUCCUCCUGCGCCUCAAGGGCUUGGGCUACUCCACCGGAAGGGAGCCCUGGGCCAACGACCCCCGCGGCCAGGCCGCGGCCACCAUGGAGUAGUAGCCGCCCGACACAAACUUCGGCCGGCCGGACACCGUGAUGCUGGAGGAGAUCGCGGAGGAAGAGCAAACUCAUCUUGAGUGAAGCAGCAACAAGAAGUCUCCUCUGGGAUCCAGACCCCACCCUUGAAACUCAUAAGGCCCCUCCUGUCUUAUAAAGAGAAAGCAACUGCA